AUGUCCGCAACCAGAGAGCAAGUGUUUCCUACUCGUAUGACUUUGGGUCUUAUGAAAACCAAGUUAAAAGGUGCUGAAGUUGGUCACACAUUAUUAAAGCGUAAGUCAGAGGCUUUGACCAAGAGAUUCCGUGAUAUCACCAAGAGAAUUGACGAUGCCAAACAAAAGAUGGGUCGUGUUAUGCAGACAGCUGCUUUCUCCUUAGCUGAGGUCACUUACGCUACCGGUGAUAACAUCAGUUAUCAAGUGCAAGAAAGUGUUUCAACUGCUAGGUUUAAGAUCCGUGCCCGUCAAGAGAAUGUCAGUGGUGUUAUCUUGCCGCAAUUUGAAUCUUAUAUUGACCCAGAGAUCAACGAUUUCAAAUUGACUGGUCUAGGUCGUGGUGGUCAGCAAGUGCAGCGUGCUAAGGAAAUCUAUUCUAAGGCUGUUGAGACCCUUGUUGAACUAGCUUCUUUACAGACUGCUUUCAUUAUUUUGGAUGAAGUUAUUAAGGUCACCAACAGAAGAGUCAAUGCUAUUGAGCAUGUCAUUAUUCCAAGAACUAAGAACACUAUUGCUUAUAUUAAUAGUGAACUGGAUGAAUUAGAUAGAGAGGAAUUUUACAGAUUGAAGAAGGUUCAGGAGAAGAAACAAUUAGAAGUUGCUAGAUUAGAUGCUGAAAUGGAUGCAGCCAGAAAGAGAGAAGCAGAAGAAAGGACUAAAAAGGGUGAAGAAACAAGUAUAGAAGAACAAUUAAAGGCAACAUCCUUGAAUGAUAAGAAGAGUGAAGAGGAAAAUAAUAAUUUGGUUGCAGAGACUGAAGAUGAUGUUAUCUUCUAA